UUGAAGGAAGGAAGGAAGGUAGUUUGCAUGGACUGCCAACGAAAAUGGCUGCUUUGAUUCCGAGAUACACUGUACGAGCAGCAAAGCAGCAGACAAUAUGUAUCGCUGCUGUCGCGGUGCAGACGAAUUCUACUCGUUAUUACUCCUCGGAACCACGGAUUAUAAAAAACCCGACUACCGCUUCCUUAAAAAGAGGCACCGGUGGUCGUAGUUCUUUCAAUGGAAUGGUGUGUACAUUAUUUGGCGCAACUGGGUUUGUUGGACGGUAUGUGUGUAAUCGUCUUGGGAAAAUUGGUACUCAGGUAAUAAUACCAUACAAAUGUGAUAUGUAUGAUUGUUUGCCGUUAAAACUUUGCGGAGAUCUUGGACAAAUCUUGUUUCAACCAUUUCAUCUCCGUGACGAAAACUCCAUAAGGAAGUGUAUCAAGUAUUCUAAUGUUGUUAUCAAUCUGAUUGGACGAGAUUGGGAAACUAAAAACUUUACUUUCUCUGAUGUACAUGUUGAAGGAGCCAGAAGACUUGCUAGAUUAUGCAAGGAAGCAAAUGUUGAACGUUUCAUCCAUUUGUCAGCUCUAAAUGUAGGUGAUAAAAUAGAGUCACAUGUAUUGGAAAGCGGUUCCCGAUUUCUUUACACAAAAUGGAAAGGAGAGCAAGCAGUACGAGAGGAGUUUCCCGAGGCUACAAUUAUACGGCCGUCGGAAAUAUGGGGCCAAGAGGACCGAUUUUUAAAUCUCUAUUCAGGUUUAAUGAGACGUCAUAUGAGAACUAUACCAAUGUGGAAAAAGGGUGAACAAACUGAAAAACAGCCAGUAGCUGUGUACGAUGUUGCUGGAGGUAUCGUGGCUAUCGCAAAAGAUCCCAAUACCGCUGGUAAAACUUAUCAAUUUGUAGGGCCAAGACGUUACAAGUUGUCUGAAUUGUUAGAUUGGUUCCAUCGAAUACGUAUGCGUAAUCCAGAAGAUUAUGGUUAUAGGAGAAUAGACUUGAAGUAUGCUCCACUCUUCCAGCUCAAAGUUACCUUGAAUGAAAUCAUAAGUCCCGCGAAUCCACUCGGAUAUUUGCAGUGGGAACAUCUAGAAAGGGAAUCUAUAUCCGACCGUGUACUGAAAGAAUUACCUACUCUAGAAGAUCUUGGUAUCGACUUAACUACCAUGGAGUCACGAAUGUACUGGGAAUUGAGGCUGUAUCGCAAGGACAUUCAAUAUAUGGAGAGCGUUGGAGAAUUCGAUCCCGUUCCUGACCCACCGACUGUUCCACUUCAUUAAAUCCCCCCCUCCUCCCAACGUGCUAGAUUAAAAUAAAUAUAGAAUAAAAUGUAUACUCUCACUGUAAAGGGUAUAUUGUUAAUUAAAUAAUCGCGAUAAAAAAUAUA